AUGCCAGGAAUUCAGAAACAUCAGCUGGAAAGGGAGCCUCCGACAGGUGUCUCCGUACUUGUCGUAGGGGCUGGUAUUGGAGGUCUUUCUUUUGCCAUCGAGGCUCAUCGUAAAGGCCACGAUGUUCGAGUAAUUGAGCGUUCACCUGAAGGACAGUACUCCGGGGAGAUCAUCAUGAUUACAACUCCAGCUCUAAUCACUCCGAAGAAAUGGCCAGGCUUCAUGGAACGCGCUAGAGCAGCGGCAUAUUCACCGGUUUUCGACCUGCGCAAGUUCGAUGGUACACACAUCAAGACGCAUGCGCCCGGUGAUGCAAAGAACCCUUCCCUUGGAAUAUAUCGAAGGAAGCUUCACAAUCUCCUCUAUACCUAUGCUAAAGAGCUCGACAUUCCAAUCACGUUUGAAACGCGAGUAGUAGAGUACUUUGAGACCGAGGAUUUUGGCGGAGUCACCCUUGACGAUGGGCAGAAGCUGACGGCUGAUGUUGUAGUCGCAGCUGAUGGUGUCGGUUCGAAGUCUCGUGCUGUCCUUGAUGGCAACAGCGAUGCACCGAUCAGCUCGGGCUUUAUAAUUUAUCGCAUCGCCUUUCCUGUAGCCCCAGCUCUCGAAAACCCGAUCAUUGCGAAGGAAUUGGCAGGUCACAAAGAUCGAGGUUUCAUGUACAUUGGCCCGGGAGCGCACAUGCUUCUCAGUAAGGGUGGAGAUGACCUAUGCUGGCUUUUGACUACCAAAGACGAGGACAGUUCCUCCACGGAGAGUUGGUCGAAGUCUACGACAACCGAAAGAGCUCUGAAAGCGGUAGAUCAAUGGGACCCAUUUGUGAAGGAAGUUGUAAAAGCAACGCCAGACAACAGGGUUCUAGACUGGAAGUUAAUGUGGCGUAACCCCCAACCACAGUGGACUUCAAGCGGUGGUCGUAUAGUGCAGCUCGGUGACGCAGCACAUCCUUUCCUGCCAACUUCAUUUAGUGGCGCUACUAUGGCAAUGGAGGACGCUUACUCGCUUGCGGCCUGUUUACACAUUGGCGGGAAGAAGGACGUGACUCUUGCUACCAAGAUUCACAACAAACUGAGGUUUGAACGAGUUUCUUGCGCUCAGAAAAUGGGCUUUAAGAACCGCGAAGUGUUCCAUAACACCAACUGGGAGCAACAAGACCAGGAUUCGAAGCCGUUGAAGAACAAACAAAUGGUUGGGAACUGGCUGAUCAAUCAUGACCCCGAACAGUAUGCGUACGACAACUACCACAGUUGUGCUCAGUACCUCCUCACUGGUGCUCCCUUCGAGAACACCAAUUUAGUUCCUGGCUACAAAUACAAGCCUUGGACUGUAAAGGAGCUGCUAGGAGCGUCGGAACGUGGAGAGGUUCUCGAAGAUGAGGGCGACUGGUCAUAG